AUGGAACCUGUCGGAGCUGUGAAAGACUUUCAGCAACAUGUCGCCCAAUACAUCAAGGAAUACGACUGCUACGGGAACAGUGCAGAAAGGGACCACGUUGAGUUCAUGCCACAGAUUGAACUUGGCCGAUUCUGGACUAUCGAGAAAAUUGAAGAUGUUCUCUGCAGCAAGGAGCCUCACAUCCUGGAUACCGGCCAAGAAAUCAGGGAACAUUACCUCGUUGUAUUCUCCGUUCUGACGUUCAUGGCGCGACAUCAAGAUAUAUCUGUCUUCAUUCGGUAUAAUGUGGAUGACAGCGGGCUGCCACUACUAGCAACACCAACUGCAGCCUCGGAAUCCAGCAGCGAUCGCGAAGUGUUCGAGCGAUUCCAGAAAUCCCAGUGGAAAUUUUGUCCACUGACACUCAACAUGGGUAGAAGUGAGAGAAAACCAAGCAAGAGGGAAUUAUCUCCUUUCCACAUCAUACCAGUUUCGAAAACAGAAAGAAUUAGUCCGAGAGAGUCCGGUCGUCGUGACGAUAUUUGUCUUGACAAAGUGACGUUGCAUGAGCAAUGCUCCACCUACAAGACUGUUGUAUUCAAGGUUCUUCGGGGUAGCAGUGAUACCCUAAAGGUCAUGUACGAUAAUGAGGUUGACAUGUACAAGAACCUUAUUAAGGAAGACUCAUUCAAUCACAUCAUGAGAUACUACGGUUCUUUUCAAAGCUUAGAUGUGCGGGUAAUUAUACUAGAGUAUGCCAAUGGUGGCACUCUGGAAUCCUUUUUCGAACAUCAACCUCCUCCGCAAAGUAAGACGGAGCGCGAGCUGUUUUGGAACUGCUUGAUGGGUCUGUCCAGAGGGUUAGAGCGUAUUCACAACCUGACUGAUUCGAAAGAAUAUUCGAAAGGAGCCUGGAUGCGACGAGGGACUCAUCAAGACAUACAUCCACAAAACAUUCUAGUCUGUAAUGAGGGCUUCGGAAAUAUGCAUGGAUUCGCGUUCAAGUUUGCAGACAUGGGAACUGGCCAUAUCCGAAGGAUGAGGUACAAAGGUCUCGACGAGGAUGCCAUGGACCAAGAAGGCAACGGAAUGUACAAUCUCAUUGCCACGGUUGACCUGGUAUGGCACAUUUGCCUGGCAGACAAAACAGGCCUCUCCAAAUAUCUCAACCCGACUCCCAAGAAGCAGCGUGGCAGGCAUCCAUUCAAAAUAUUUCCUCAACUAGCAAUAGAUGUCAAUAAAGUCAAGGGGGACAAAGGACGGGAUCAAAUUUUCCUCGUUGAUGAUUCAGCAUCUAUGAAGAACCACAAAGAGGCUGUAGGUCGGACUUGCCGGGUUCUUGCGUAUGUUUUGAAAGAGGGGGGAGCCGAUCCAGACGAAGCAUUCGAUCUUUACUUCACGUCAGCCCAGCCGAAUGUGAGAUCAGGAAAGAGUUCGGACCUUCAGAAAGCUGUCCAAGAAUGCAAAUUUUCAGAUAAUACCUGCGACAUGCAAUCGAGCUUAGACCUGAUAGCCACCAAGGUCAUCCAAAAUCGAAAGCAAGUCAGCAUUUAUGUCUUGACAAACGGCCAUUGGAACUUGCAGUCUGAUGAGAAAUUUUGUGGCGUGGAUUUCCCCAUCCGACGCCUAAUCAGACAUAUCAAGAAAGAGGACAAGCAGAGAAACUGGGUCGGUAUACAGUUCAUUCGGUUCUUCGACCAACCCUUCUCCAACGAAGACAAACUUGGACGGGAGCGGUUGAUAAGACUGGAUGAAGAACUGGAGACAGAGGCUGAUCGGGACAUUGUUGACACCACGGACUUUGGCAAAGACGUCCACAAAAUGCUAACAGGGGCACUCUCUCGAUGGGAAGACGCUGUUGGAGAAGGAGAAAAAGACUUUGAAACAUGA